AUGCGCAUCAAACAGGAAAUGCUACCUGAACACAAUCUCUCCAUUUAUCUCCUUUUCGUCUACCUCCUCGUUUCUGCAUUCCUUAUUCCACAAUCUGCAUGUCGGACAAUGGAAGUUUCCUUCGUUGCGUGCUGUGAGGUUGGCAUCAACAGCACUCAUGAGAUGGAGUUGGAUACGCUCAUCAAGGAUAGCAACUCGGACGAGUGCAUCGCCAUCAACCAGGUGGAGCAUAUCUUCCAGGAGGUUGCUAAUAUCAACGCUGAAUUACCAGAGGAUCGAAUGGCCAAAUGCCUGCAGGUCAAACGAGGUUGCUUCUAUGCAGCGAAGGCUAACAUCUUCUGCGAAAACGCAGCUCGCAGUAUCUAUUCUUCGGACGACAAACUAACGCCGAUUAGUCACUUUUCUCCUGAUCUACUCAAAUCUCCGAGGGAUUGCUGCAAAAGACACAAUCGACUUCCAGCAUUAGACGUUGUUUCGGACGAUAGUAUGGACUUUGAUAUCAACGGUGUCCCUCUCUGUUGCACAGUCAAAGGCUAUGAAGUUCCUGAAGAUCUGGACCCCUUCGCUAAUGCGAUUGCAUCAAGAAGUAGUGAGGAGUUGCAUGAAAGGCCACUGAAUAGUUCCACAACUAAGUCUACAUCGGUGAGUGUUAUAGUCUCUGUUCCGUCAAUCACAUCUACGGUGAAGCAGUCAAUGUCGACCAACAGCGACAAUACAAAGUCAUAUACGGAGUACAAGAACUUUGAAUUAUCCACCACAACUGUUGAUUCUACGCGUUACUCACACUCCUACCCGUACGCCACGUCUCCCCCUCCUCCUACUUCUCUAUCGGACUUUCCUCUUCCUUCACAUUCUACUCCACCUAUACCUCAAACACAAAACACCGCGGAGGUGGAGCUCGUCUGCGAGCCUGGUUUUACGUGGAAUCCAGAAAAGCAGCUUUGCCUCCACACGUUAGCUCGCUGUCCCAAAGGCAUGUACCUUUCGGUGAGUCAAAGCAAGUGUCUUCCGAAAAUUGGCGACAGGUUCAACUGCCCCCCCGGUUACGAGUUCCGCAAUGACGUAAAUGGGUGUGAGGGUAGGUAA